AUGGCUCUUGUGGCCCAUCGGAUGAUGUUGCCCGCGCGGCAUAGACGAAACACCACCACCCAGCAGGUGGCUCGAAACAAGGUGGGCGUUCUGUUAGUUCCAAGUGUGGCGGAUUAUUACGGCGGAGAAUUGCCACAACCUUCAGCCACGCCCACUCCGGCCGUCUCCCAGCUGCACUUGCCACAGGAUCAGCCGGAAACAGCCGCCGAUGGCAGCAGCGUAAAAGUGAGUGCAACAAGUCGGUGCAGCGAACCAAAAUCAGUUGUCUUUGCAUGCAAAAGCAAAUAGAAGAAUUUUUCCCCUGGGUAUUUUCACCAAAAAGCAGCUUCGUUUUCUCGCUUUUCUUUUCCUUCGGUUUAUGUUUUCCCGUCGCUACUUUUCUUCGACUGGCGCCAACUUUAUGUCGCUCAAUGUGUGUUACUAUUCUAUGGCUAA